GCUUGCUUGGGGGCUUCUGAGUUUGAGCUGCAUGCAGAAAUGUAAGGCAGUGCUUCCUGGCGCUGAUGGCAAAAUGGGACCCAUCUCCAGUUAUUCCUCGGGCACCCCAGCUUUGCAAAUCUGGGAAAGAACCUACAUAAACAUAUUGGUGAUGUAGCCAGCUUAAAAGGCCGAGAGAAUCCUUAUGGAUUCAGGAGACUGUUUUUUUAUUUAGAUUUUUAUUUUUUAUUUGGAAGAUGAAAUGCUUCUCUCGUUACCUGCCUUACAUCUUCAGACCUCCGAACACCAUCCUUUCUUCCAGCUGCCACACAGAAGGCUCGGACCAUGGUGCAGUCCCACUGGCUCCCCUGCCCCCCUCUCCUGUGAGACUGGCUGCGGGGAGGGAUCAUGGAUACUUGUCUGCCGGCUUCUGGUUCCCACGCAAGUAAGCCUGCUGUCAAUGGAGGAGGACAUUGAUACCCGCAAAAUCAACAACAGUUUCCUGCGCGACCACAGCUAUGCGACCGAAGCUGACAUUAUCUCUACGGUAGAAUUCAACCACACGGGAGAAUUACUAGCGACAGGGGACAAGGGGGGUCGGGUUGUAAUAUUUCAACGAGAACAGGAGAGUAAAAAUCAGGUUCAUCGUAGGGGUGAAUACAAUGUUUACAGCACAUUCCAGAGCCAUGAACCCGAGUUCGAUUACCUGAAGAGUUUAGAAAUAGAAGAAAAAAUCAAUAAAAUAAGAUGGCUCCCCCAGCAGAAUGCAGCUUACUUUCUUCUGUCUACUAAUGAUAAAACUGUGAAGCUGUGGAAAGUCAGCGAGCGUGAUAAGAGGCCAGAAGGCUACAAUCUGAAAGAUGAGGAGGGCCGGCUCCGGGAUCCUGCCACCAUCACAACCUUGCGGGUGCCUGUCCUGAGACCCAUGGACCUGAUGGUGGAGGCCACCCCACGAAGAGUAUUUGCCAACGCACAUACAUAUCACAUCAACUCCAUAUCCGUCAACAGCGACUAUGAAACCUACAUGUCCGCUGAUGACCUGAGGAUUAACCUAUGGAACUUUGAAAUAACCAAUCAAAGUUUUAAUAUCGUGGACAUUAAGCCAGCCAACAUGGAGGAGCUCACGGAGGUGAUCACAGCAGCCGAGUUCCACCCCCAUCAUUGCAACACCUUUGUGUACAGCAGCAGCAAAGGGACAAUCCGGCUGUGUGACAUGCGGGCAUCUGCCCUGUGUGACAGGCACACCAAAUUUUUUGAAGAGCCGGAAGAUCCAAGCAACAGAUCAUUUUUCUCUGAAAUUAUCUCUUCGAUUUCGGAUGUGAAGUUCAGCCACAGUGGGAGGUAUAUCAUGACCAGGGACUAUUUGACCGUUAAAGUCUGGGAUCUCAACAUGGAAAACCGCCCCAUCGAGACUUACCAGGUUCAUGACUACCUCCGCAGCAAGCUAUGUUCCCUCUAUGAAAAUGACUGCAUUUUUGAUAAAUUUGAGUGUGUGUGGAAUGGGUCAGACAGUGUCAUCAUGACAGGCUCCUACAACAACUUCUUCAGGAUGUUCGACAGAAACACCAAGCGUGAUGUGACCCUUGAGGCUUCGAGGGAAAACAGCAAGCCCCGGGCUAUCCUCAAACCCCGAAAAGUGUGUGUGGGGGGCAAGCGGAGAAAAGACGAGAUCAGUGUCGACAGUCUGGACUUUAGCAAAAAGAUCUUGCAUACAGCUUGGCAUCCUUCAGAAAAUAUUAUAGCAGUGGCGGCUACAAAUAACCUAUAUAUAUUCCAGGACAAGGUUAACUAGGUGGACAAGUUAUUACUUAAUAAUCUCACAUACUGAAUACUAGUCAAACAAGUUUUUAAAUGUUUCUUUGGGUCUUCAUUUGAUGCAUUGACUUUAAUUUCCCUAAGCAGGAAAUGAUUGGAAUAGAAUUAAAAGGAGUCCAACAUUCCCAGCUCCCCAGUUCUAAGAAACUUUUGUCAAACCCAAUAGGUUUGGGACACUUCUGUUUAGAAUUGAAAGCUGCCAGCUAACAGUAAUUCUUCCAUAGUUGACUUGAACUUCUGAUGCUUUUAUUGCCCAGUUUUCUCUGGUGGGUCCAGUGUUUUGUUCCUAGGUGUCUGCUGCGAUAAAAUGAGGUUGUCUGUAGUAUUUAAGGAGAAAAGAGAUAAGUUUUUUUUAAUUAAGUAAUUCCAUUUGAUUGAAAAAAAUCAACAAAAAAUAAACACCGUUUACUCUUAGACAAA